AUGAAGAGUGUUUGGAAUGUCCCCGGCAAGACUCCCGCCCUGAACCCUCCGUCGCUCACCUCCAGUGAGCCCUCACCCCCGCUUCCCGUUCCCCCUGACCCUCCCGACCCUGACUCUCCUUUAUCUCCCCACCAAUUCCCUCCUCUCUCAACCUCUCUCUCAACUGGUUCAAAACCAUUUUCUUCUAAGAAAACUGGUUUUAAAUCCCUGAAAAAUUCUUCCACUGCUGUUGCAAAUCUGCUUCGGCCUGUUACUACUGAAGGUACCUCAGUUCAAGGAGUAUCUGAAAACCAAAAAACUGUUGUGAAAGCUUCAAAUACCAUCACUUUUGAACCCCUUACUCUCAGAUCUACUGUUCCAGCUACAGUCCAAACCCCCCCACAAGAAAACAACCCCCAAACUUUCAGAAUCAACCCACCUAAAUCCUCAUCUCCCAUAAACACCAACAAAGCCUCAACUCCAUUAGUCCACCUGCAGGAAAGUUCCUCAAACCCUGCUCCCCCCAGUAACCACGAUUAUUCCCACCCCACUUCUCCGACUGUUUCAACCGAAGCCCCACCCACCGCCGACCCUAUUCUCAUCUCCCCUACUGACCACACUCUCCCAUCUACAAAAAAUGCUCCAGCACCUGUUCAUGUACCUUCACUUGUGGAGAGAAUCAGAGCUGCUGAAGAUAAAACCCUGAGUAGACUAGCUCCAGUAACCAUCUCUCCGUCAGGUAGACCAAGAAUCUUGAUUCCGGAUUCAGUCUUCAAAGCAGGAGCUGAAAUCCACAAAGAUUUUAUCAUUUGUUACUUCAACGGCAAAGCUCCUCCUUUCAACCAAAUUCAAAGUGUGUUUAACCACAUGUGGGGAAAAGGACAGAGGCUGGAAAUCCAUAAUAACCCUCUCAACCGUACUACUCUUGUGAGAAUCCCAAGCGAAUAUCUCCGCAAGAAAAUCCUCGAAAAAAACAUUUGCUUGACUGUUUCUCAUGUCAAGGUAGAAGUUGACCUCACAAAGCCUCUUCCCUCCGUUGUUGAAUUUGAACGAGAAAGCGGCGAAGUAGUGGAAGUUUCGGUACACUAUCCGUGGGUACCACCAACUUGCACUCAUUGUCACGAAUUGGGUCACAUAAUCCGAAACUGUCUCCAGUACACUCCUCCUCCUUCAACUGAUCCUCCCAUAGCGGCUAAGUCCCAAGGAAAGAAGGCCUCAAGCUCUUCCACACCAGUCUCCAAGUCUACUCGUCAAAUGUUUAAGAAAAAAACAGUGGCAUCUCAGGCCUCUGAUCUUAUCAUCACCUCAGAUCCUGGAGCGCUUCAGUUGGAUGAGAUGAUGAUUGAUAAAACUGCUCUCAAAACCCUGUCUGAUAUCGCUGGCCAAAAAAACCUCGAUGCACCUGCUGAUCUCUGCCUCUCCCCUGAUCCCAUUCCCCGGCCUUCCCUUAAACGUUCUCAAACUCAUAUAAAAGAAACUUCCUUACCCUCCCUUAUGUCCAAACUUUGCAAUGGCUGGAACUUCAGCUCUAAUCAUGCUUCUGAUGCUGAUGGCAGGAUUAUCUUGAUAUGGAGAAACCCUCUUACUGUCCAAGUAAUUCAGCAGAGCUGCCAGACCAUAACCUGCCUCAUAUCCAUCCCGUCCAAAGAACCUCUCUACUAUACUGCAGUGUAUGCGUCGAAUCUCAGUGCAGAAAGAAGUGAUCUAUGGGCAGAGCUGUUACAUCUUCAUGAUACUCUUGAUCUCGAGAACAAGAGCUGGAUGAUUGGGGGUGACUUCAAUCAGAUAAUGUACCCCACAGAACACUCAUCCUCUGCAGUUGUUGUUCCUGAUAACCUAAUGUAUCAGUUCCAAGACUGCUUGCUCCAAUGUGGAAUGUUUGAUUUGCGCUAUAAUGGUCCGUCUCACUCCUGGACAAACAAGACGCCAUCAGAUCCUAUAGGAAAAAAAUUGGAUCGCUUCCUAACCAACUACAAAACCAUCUCAGCCUAUCCCCAUGCCUAUUCCCUCUUCCUUCCUAACCUAUUCUCUGAUCAUUGUCCAUGCCUUGUUGACCUAGCCUAUACCCUCCCAACUGCUGGAACCAAACCCUAUAAAUUCCAAAAUUACCUAACUAAACACCCAAACUUUCUGGAGAUUGUUCAUGACGCAUGGGUUCAGGCCGGAAGUAUUUGCUCGACACUUUCUCAACUCUGUUGGAAACUAAAACUUAUAAAGGGAGACUUAAAAAGACUAAACAGAGACAAUUUUUCACAUAUUCAAGAGAGAGUGAGUGAUUCUUACCGUUUGUUACAACUUGUGCAGGUUCAGGCUCUAAAUAUUCCGUCAACCUUGACCUUCCAAGAAGAGAGAGAUCUUCAUGAGAAGUGGACCUUCCUGCGACAAAUAGAAGAGAGCUAUUUUAGACAGAAGUCUCGCAUAAACUGGCUCAGCGAAGGAGAUUUCAACACUACCUUCUUCCACCGGAUGUGUCAAGUCAGAGCAAGUUACAAUGCCAUUAGAUCCUUUCUCUCAAACGCUGGGGUGAUGGUUACAGACCCAAUAGAGAUGAGCAUGCUUGCGGUGGAACACUUUAAAUCAAUUUUGGGACCUCCAAACUACUCUCCCCCGUCGCUGUAUUCCUCAUUCAACUGGUUUGAUGAGUUAAUUGGGUUCCACUGCAGCCUGCAACAAUGCCAAAAAAUGCUAUCAGUCCCGACGGCAGAGGAAAUAAAAAGCCUAUUCUUUAGAUUAAAUCCAAACAAAGCCCCAGGGCCUGAUGGACUAACCUCUGGCUUCUUUAAAGCAGCAUGGGAAACUCUUGGAGAAGAAGUGGUCUCUUGCAUUACUCAGUUCUUCUCUUCAGCUUUCCUACCAGCCACUACUAACUCAACAAUUCUUACGCUGGUCCCUAAAUUCCCGGGAGCAACACAGAUCUCUGAUUUUCGCCCCAUCUCUUGUCUAAAUACGGUCUACAAGGUGAUAUCCAGACUCCUGGUUGCAAGACUAAAGCCAAUUCUUCAAGAUGUCAUCCUUCCAUGUCAAACAGCCUUCGUAAAGGAUCGCCUGCUGGUUGAAAAUACAGUAUUAGCAAGUGAAUUGGUACAUGGGUAUCACAAGAAUAAAGGGCCGAAGAGAAUCACCAUCAAAGUGGACAUUGCCAAAGCCUUUGAUACACUAUCUUGGGAGUUCCUUUUCUCUUGCUUGGACAGUAUGCAGAUUCCACACCACUUCCUCUCUCAGCUAAAGGCCUGCAUAUGUACAACAAGCUUUAUGGUUGGAUAUAAUGGUACUGUCAAUGGCUAUUUCAAAGGCAGAAGAGGGCUUAGGCAGGGUGACCCUCUCUCGCCCUAUCUAUUUGUCAUUGCUAUGAACUGUCUCUCCUUUAUGCUAAAAAAAGCGGCAUCACAAGAAGGUCUACAGUACCACCCCAACUGUGAACAUAUAAAGCUAACACACCUUUCAUUUGCGGAUGACCUCCUCAUCUUCAUUGAUGGCUCUCUUAACUCGGUACAGCAUGUUCUUAAGGUUCUCCAUGAAUUUGAGCUACGGUCAGGGCUUAAGGUCAGUAUGCAAAAGACAAGCUUCUAUGCGUCCGGAUUGUCUGCUUCAGAGAUAGACACGAUACAAGCUUCAACUGGAAUGGUUUGUGGAGCGCUGCCAGUUCGCUAUCUUGGUGUUCCUCUCAACUCUAAAAAGCUCAACCUGGUGUCUUGCGAACCACUCCUCCAUCAAAUUAAAAAACGGCUCUCUUCUUGGACAGUAAAAUCCCUAUCUUUUGCUGGGCGGCUACUUCUGAUCAAGACGGUCAUUUCAGGGAUCACCACUUUUUGGUGUUCUGCUUUUAUUCUGCCAAAAGCCUGUAUUAAAAGGAUAAACUCGCUCUGUAGUGUGUUCUUAUGGAAAGGAGAUAUUGAAAGCAAUAACACAGCAAGAGUAGCGUGGGAAAAAUGUGUUCUUACCAAACAGCAAGGGGGAUUAGGUAUCAGAGAUCUCCAAACUUGGAACUUAGCGUGUUGCAUCAGACUAAUUUGGAUGCUAUUCUUCAAAGCUGGCUCGGUGUGGGUUGCAUGGUUCAGGGUAAAAGUUCUCAACGGCUCGAUACAUAAUUACUGGACCACAAAACCAAGCUCCUCCUACUCUUGGUUAGCCAACAAACUCCUAAAGCUCAAAUCAGUGGUCUUUCCAUUGAUUAAGCUCCGCUUAGAAGAUGGCUUAACGGCUCGGUUCUGGUAUGAUAAUUGGUCCCCGUUUGGAAGCUUGGCAUCGGUGCUUAACGUCUCUGUGUCAAGACUAGGAAUCCCAGACAAGGCAACAGUGGCAUCUUUAUUCAGAAGCGGAGCAUGGCGACUACCACCUGCGAGAUCGGAACCUCAAUUACUCCUUCAUACUUUCCUAACAACUGUCUCUCUCUCACAAAAUCCUGACUAUUAUGAAUGGGAGAUUGCAGGUAAAGUAAGCUCAAAAUAUUCAACUGGUCAGACGUACACGUACCUGCGAGGCGAUCUGGAUGAGGUCUCGUGGGCUCCGGCAAUCUGGUUCUCCUAUGGAAUUCCUAGACAGCAAUUCCAUGCUUGGCUUGUUGUACUUGAUAGGUGUCCGACGAGGGAUAGACUCCAAUCUUGGGGUCUCCAGGUCUCACCUAUCUGUCUCCUCUGCAACAACGACAAUGAAUCCCGUGACCACAUCUUCUUUGAAUGCUCCUACAGCUUUGACGUAUGGGAACUAACGGCGAGAAGGUGCUCUAUUCAACCGAUGAGAAGCUGGAACCAAACCCUUCAGCAAAUGAAAUCUCUCCCGAUUCAGAAAUCACACAGAUCACACCGACUACUCACACUACUGGCUUGGCAAUCCAACCUCUACUGGUUAUGGAAUGAGCGCAACUCUAGGCUGCACACUAACUCUUUCAGGUCCAUCGAUUCUCUUUUCCGUAUAAUUGAUCGCCAAAUCAGAAACAGGAUCCAGAGUUUCAGAUCAUCCAAUCCAAAGCUUGCCUCCUCUAUGUUGCAAUCAUGGUUUCGUCAUGCGUGA